AUAAUAAAAAUAAAAGGUAGAAAACUGAAAUAAACAAUUCUUUUGUUCAUCACUUUGCUGGCGGCGAUCUUCUCUCUGCUUCCGUUACCGUUUUAUUCUCUCUCUCUGUCUCUCGAUCGAUCGAUCUUCCAAUCACUCUCAGCGUUUCUCACUCCGGUUUUAAAGUUGCCGCGGAAUCAUGCUCGGUGUCAUAAGGCGGAGGGUUGCUUCUAGCAGCCCAUAUCCCAUGCUUUUAAGCCAGUCAGCGCGGAAAUUCCGCUCUGGCUCCUCAGCUCCUGCCAGAGUUUCCUCCAUUGUUGAAAAGGAGGUUUCAUUUCAUUCAGGACAUUAUGGGAAUGUCCGGAACUUCUCUCACAUGACACCUGGGUGCUGGGUCAAUGUAAAACCUAUGAGGGAGGUUUUUUGUCAAGAGGCUACCAUGCAAACAUGGAGGCGUCCAUUUUUUGAAUCUAUUGCUGAUGGAACCCUGGCAAAAUUCUUGAAGAGGCCUGGUGACAGGGUUGCUGUUGAUGAACCAAUAGCUCAAAUUGAAACAGAUAAGGUGACAAUUGACGUUUCUAGUCCGGAGUCAGGUGUGAUUGUGAAGCUUCUAGCCAAUGAAGGAGAUACAGUUGAGCCAGGUAACAAGAUAGCAAUUAUUUCAAGGUCUGCCGAUGCUACUACUCAUGUUGCUCCAUCCGAGACUACAUCUGAGAAAGCUGCUCCUCAGCCAACCCAAAAGACCAGUGAGGAGAAGAAAGCGCCUAAAGCUGAACCAGCACCUGCUAAAGAGAAACCCAAAGCACCCCCUGCUCCAGCGAGGCCUGCUGGUGCACAAAGUUCUCCUACUGAGCCACAGCUUCCCCCUAAGGAAAGGGAAAGACGAGUUCCUAUGACAAGGCUUCGUAAACGUGUUGCUACCCGUUUGAAAGAUUCCCAAAACACAUUUGCCAUGUUGACAACAUUCAAUGAAGUUGAUAUGACUAACUUGAUGAAACUCCGUGCUGACUACAAGGAUGCUUUUGUCGAAAAGCAUGGAGUCAAGUUGGGACUUAUGUCCGGGUUUGUCAAAGCUGCUGUCAAUGCUCUCCAACAUCAGCCAAUUGUAAAUGCAGUCAUUGAUGGGGAUGAUAUCAUAUACAGAGAUUACAUAGAUAUCAGCAUAGCUGUUGGUACACCAAAGGGUCUUGUUGUGCCAGUUAUCCGCAAUUGUGAUACGAUGAACUUUGCGGAUAUAGAGAAGCAGAUCAAUGCUUUUGCAAAGAAGGCAAAUGAUGGAACUCUAUCAAUUGAUGAGAUGGCUGGAGGCACACUCACAAUAUCUAAUGGUGGUGUUUAUGGAAGCCUCUUGAGUACCCCUAUCAUUAACCCUCCUCAGUCUGCAAUCUUGGGCAUGCAUUCCAUAGUGAGCCGUCCUAUGGUGGUUGGAGGAAAUGUUGUCCCAAGGCCUAUGAUGUACAUUGCUCUAACAUACGACCAUAGAAUUAUUGAUGGAAGAGAGGCAGUGUUCUUCUUGCGACGCAUCAAGGAUAUCGUGGAGGAUCCUCGCAGGCUUCUGCUCGACAUAUAAAAUUGCGUCUCAAACUCGUCGGAGUAAAAUUAAAUACAUUUAAAAAAAUGCAAACACCAUAAUAUUUACCCUCAUGUUUGUGCGGCUGCCCAUAAUUUAUCAUUUGUAUUGAGAAAACUCCUUAGGAAUAUGUCCCAGAUUCUCUCUGAUGCUCAUUCAUCAGGUUUGUGUUCUUUCUUCCCUCUAUUCCUCUCAUUCAAUGAGAAGAGGAUCAUAGCUUUUGUCUCAUUAUAUAAAACCACCAUGAACUAAUUGUACGGGUUAUCCCUAGUUAAUAAUGUGAUUUUGCUACAAUCAUUUUUCACUUCA